AUGAUAUGUAUAUUGGCGUCACCCACAAGACGAGCAGUUGGAUCAACUUUUACUCUUAUUCUCAAACUCUAUAGUGAUGAUAGUCAUGUUCUUGAGCAUGGUGCUGUUGAUGAUAAAUCACGUAUCAUCUCCCGUCUGAAAGGCCGAGUUCCAGCUCUUUCCGCACACAAGUUCGCCUCAAAUGUAAUGGAAAAAGCUAUUGCCAAUGCUAGUCCCAACGAACGAGUCAGUUUGAUCAACGAAGUUCUCUAUUCAUCGGUAUCUGUCGCUGUUAGUGGUGCUUGCGGUGGGGAUCUGGCUGCUUCCUCUUGUUUGACCGAUGCAAAAGUUGGCGGUCUGGGGACUGGUGAUUCUGCGUCUGGUGCCCUUUCAAGCUCUGCAAGUGGAGUUAAUUCCAUCUGCACUAGCCAAACCCAGCAGCAGCAACCUCCUCUCGUAGAUAUGAUGAAAGACCAAUUUGCUAAUUACGUAGUUCAGCGUAUGCUCGAAUUGGCCGAUGGCCAGCAGCGUCGUGUUCUCAUCAGCAGAAUCCGACCAAUGCAGGGCUUACUUCGCAAAUUUAAUUAUGGCAAACAUAUCAUUGCUAAACUAGAAAAGUACAGUAGCAGUAGCAGUGGAGGAGGAAACUGUGCUUCUGGUUCCCUCUCCAGCACCGCUAGCUCUACUUGUCUAAGUAGUGUUGUUGGAGCUUGUGGAACAGUCUCGUCUGGUCUUACUAUCGCUCAAUCACCUUCACUUUCAUGUAGCCUUCCUGUUGUUUCCACUACUUCUCCUCUGACUUCUUCCAGUUAUUCCUCUUCUUCCUCACCUACUUCACCGCCACUGGAUGCCUUAGCUGGCCAUGCAGAACAUACGAUAACCAAAGCCUGUCCUGCCUACUCUACUUUACUGUCUCGGGCAUCUCUUGAAAGCGAAGCCAAUCAGUCUAUGGAACCUGGGCUCAGUGUCGGUUGGCAAACUCAAAAUGGCAAUAAUGAAAACCACCAACAUCGCGAUAACAACUGUAGUCUACGUAGUAUACCUAGCACUAACACAAACGAGGAUGGAAUUGUUACCACCACUUGUAAUUGUCUAAAUCUCCGUGUUGAUUUAAACACAAACUCUUCUUAA